UUGAGCUUAUACAGUGAAAGAAGACAGAAUGGUUGUCUUAUCGUUGAAGAUUGGAGUUGGGAAUGCUAUCAAAACUAUGCAAUUUGAACCCUCGACAAUGGUGUACGAUGCCUGUCGAAUGAUUCGUGAUCGGGUUCCUGAAGCACAGAUGGGACAGCCCACUGAUUACGGAUUGUUUCUGUCCGAUGAAGACCCAAAGAAGGGGAUCUGGUUGGAGUCUGGCAAAGCCUUGGAUUACUACAUGUUGAGGAAUGGGGAUACGCUGGACUACAAGAGGAAGCAAAGGCCUCUGAAGAUCAGGAUGUUGGACGGAAGUAUCAAAACAGUUAUGGUAGAUGACUCAAAAAUAGUGAGCGACAUGCUGAUGACAAUCUGUGCCAGAAUUGGCAUCACAAAUCAUGAUGAAUAUUCACUUGUACAUGAAAUUGUUGAAGAAAAGAAAGAAGAAAUGACAGGGACUCUGAAAAAAGACAAAACCCUGUUAAGAGAUGAUAAGAAAAUGGAAAAGCUCAAACAAAAACUUCAUACAGAUGAUGAUUUAAACUGGUUGGACCAUGGUAGAACACUUCGUGAACAGGGUGUCGAUGAAAAUGAAACCUUGCUUCUCAGGCGAAAGUUCUUCUAUUCAGAUCAAAAUGUUGAUUCAAGAGAUCCAGUGCAAUUGAACUUGCUCUAUGUCCAGGCCAGAGAUGACAUUUUGAAUGGUUCACAUCCAGUAUCCUUUGACAAAGCCUGUGAAUUUGCAGGAUACCAAUGUCAGAUCCAGUUUGGACCCCACAACGAGCAGAAGCACAAACCUGGCUUUUUAGACUUAAAAGAAUUCCUGCCUAAAGAAUACAUCAAGCAGAAAGGUGAAAAGAAAAUAUUCAUGACGCACAAAAACUGUGCGAACAUGACUGAAAUGGAGGCUAAGGUGUUGUAUGUGAAGAUGGCUCGAUCUUUAAAGACCUAUGGAGUUUCCUUCUUCUUGGUUAAGGAGAAAAUGAAAGGAAAGAAUAAACUUGUACCCCGUUUACUGGGGAUUACCAAAGAAAGUGUUAUGCGUGUGGAUGAGAAAACGAAAGAAGUGAUACAGGAAUGGAACCUCACUAAUAUCAAACGCUGGGCAGCAUCACCAAAGAGUUUUACCCUGGAUUUUGGUGACUAUCAGGAUGGUUACUAUUCAGUUCAGACAACUGAAGGAGAGCAAAUUGCCCAGCUCAUAGCUGGAUACAUCGAUAUCAUUCUGAAAAAGAAAAAAAGCAAAGACCAUUUUGGAUUGGAGGGUGAUGAAGAAUCAACGAUGUUGGAGGACUCUGUGUCUCCCAAGAAGUCUACCAUCAUGCAGCAACAGUUUAACAGAACUGGAAAAGUGGAGCAUGGAUCUGUGGCAUUACCUGCAAUUAUGCGUUCUGGAGCUGGGGGUCCAGAGAGCUUUCAGGUUGGAACAAUGCCACAAGCUCAACAACAGGUGACCAGCGGGCAGAUGCACAGAGGACAUAUGCCUCCAUUGACAUCUGCACAGCAAGCUCUCCUGGGAACUAUUAAUUCUAGCAUGCAAGCUGUGCAGCAAGCAACAGCUAGUCUGGAUGACGUUGAUGCCUUGCCACCCCUUGGACAUGAUGCGGCCUCAAAAGCAUGGAGAAAAAAUAAAAUGGAUGAAUCCAAACAUGAGAUCCAUUCACAAGUUGAUGCCAUUACUGCAGGCACAGCAUCAGUUGUCAACCUUACUGCAGGAGACCCUCUUGAUACAGACUACACAGCAGUUGGAUGUGCUGUGACAACAAUCUCCUCAAACUUAACUGAGAUGUCAAAGGGUGUCAAACUGCUGGCAGCCCUAAUGGAGGAUGAGGGUGCAAAUGGACAACAGUUAUUGAAAGCAGCCAAGAAUCUGGCUUGUGCUGUGUCAGAAUUACUCAAGACUGCUCAGCCAGCUUCUGCUGAGCCUCGCCAGGUCCUGCUGACUGCUGCUGGGACUGUUGGCCAAACAAGUGGUGAGCUUCUCCAUCAGAUUGGGGAAAGUGACGCAGAUCCACGGUUCCAGGACAUGCUUAUGCAAUUGGCCAAAGCUGUAGCAAAUGCAGCAGCAGCUUUGGUCCUGAAGGCAAAGAAUGUCGCUCAAAAAGCAGAGGAUUUGGGAUUACAGAACCGUGUCAUUGCAGCGGCGACACAGUGUGCACUUUCAACGUCACAGCUAGUAGCUUGCACUAAGGUAGUAGCUCCAACUAUCAGUUCCCCUGUAUGCCAGGAGCAGCUGAUUGAAGCUGGGAAACUAGUUGCCAAAUCAGUGGAGGGAUGUGUGGAGGCCUCACAGGCUGCAACAAAUGAUGAGCAGCUGCUGAAACAAGUCGGUGUGGCAGCCACUGCUGUGACCCAAGCACUGAAUGACCUGCUGCAACAUAUCAAGCUCUAUGCCCAAGGAGGACACCCACUAGGACGCUAUGAUCAGGCGACAGACACUAUUCUAACAGUGACAGAAAACAUUUUCAGCUCCAUGGGGGAUGCUGGUGAGAUGGUGCGACAAGCUCGAAUUCUGGCCCAGGCUACAUCUGACUUGGUGAAUGCUAUUAAAGCUGAUGCUGAAGGUGAAUCUGAUCUUGAGAAUUCCAGAAAGCUGCUCUCUGCAGCCAAACUGUUGGCUGAUGCAACAGCUAAAAUGGUGGAAGCUGCAAAGGGUGCAGCAGCCAAUCCUGACAGUGAGGAGCAGCAGCAAAGGUUAAGAGAAGCAGCUGAAGGUUUACGAAUGGCCACCAAUGUGGCAGCACAGAAUGCCAUAAAGAAGAAAUUAAUGAACAAACUAGAGAAUGCAGCAAAACAGGCUGCAGCAGCUGCAACACAAACAAUUGCUGCAGCUCAGAAUGCAGCUUCUUCCAAUAAGAACCCAGCAGCACAACAACAAAUGGUUCAAAGCUGUAAGAGUGUUGCUGAGCAGAUUCCAUUGCUGGUACAAGGUGUUCGUGGCAGCCAGUCACAACCGGACAGCCCCAGUGCCCAGCUGGCUCUAAUAAGUGCAAGCCAGAACUUCCUCCAGCCUGGAACUAAAAUGGUUGCUGCUGCCCGAGCUACAGUUCCUACAAUUGGGGACCAGGCCUCAGCCAUGCAACUGAGCCAAUGUGCUAAGAACCUGGCAAACACUUUACAAGAGCUGCGAGCAGCUGCACAGAAGGCACAAGAUGCCUGUGGUCCACUGGAAAUAGACUCUUCCUUGAAUCAGAUCAGAACACUGGAGAAAGAUCUGCAGGAAGCAAAAGCAAAUGCAGCAGAAGGAAAGCUCAGACCCCUGCCUGGAGAAACGCUGGAAAAGUGUUCGCAGGAUUUGGGCAGUAGCACCAAGAUGGUUGGUGCUUCCGUAGCUAAGCUACUGAGUGCAGUCACACAAGGAAAUGAGAAUUACACUGGAUUGGCCUCAAGAGAAGUAGCUCAAGCCUUAAAAGCCCUUGGCUCAGCUGCACGUGGCGUUGCAGCCAAUACUACUGACCCACAGGCCCAGAACGCGAUGUUGGAAUGCGCUGGUGAUGUUAUGGAUAAAUCCAGUAAUCUAAUUGAAGAGGCUCGAAAAGCUAUGGCAAAGCCAGGUGAUCCUGAAAACCAGCAAAGGCUGGCACAGGUUGGUGCAAUUAGACUGUAUCGAGGUUUCCCCCUUGUUACAGCUCCCCCCCCCUUAAAAAGAGAGGAGGACGGGGAAGAAGAAGAAGUUGCAGGAGGAAUCAUGUCUGGUCCCAACUCAGCGACGAUUGAUACAGUGAAGAGAAAAAUCCAGUUCCUGCAACAACAGGCGGAUGAGGCGGAGGAGAAGGCUGAGCUGCUGCAGCGGGAGUUGGACAGUGAGCGGCAGGCCAGGGAAAGAGUGUUUUCCUCAGCAGAUCCACCACCUAAAACUUCUACACCUGAAGAAUUUAUCCGGAUGACCAAAGGAAUUACCAUUGCAACAGCUAAAGCUGUGGCCGCAGGAAACUCCUGUCGUCAAGAGGAUGUUAUUGCCACUGCCAAUCUUAGCCGCAAAGCUAUUGCAGAGAUGCUUCAUUCUUGUAAGCAAGCAGCCUAUCACCCAGAAGUGUCCAGUGAUGUUCAGACCAGAGCUCUUCGUUUUGGCAAAGAAUGUUCUGAAGGGUACCUGGCUCUAUUGGAACAUGUUCUUGUUAUUCUUCAAAAGCCAUCGACAGAUCUCAAACAGCAGCUGGCAACAUAUUCAAAACGUGUGGCUGGUUCUGUCACAGAGCUCAUCCAGGCUGCAGAGGCCAUGAAAGGCACAGAAUGGGUGAAUCCUGAAGAUCCAACAGUUAUUGCUGAGAAUGAGUUGCUGAGAGCUGCUGCAGCUAUUGAGGCAGCUGCCAAGAAACUUGAACAGCUGAAACCAAGAGCUAAACCCAAGCAAGCAGAUGAAAGUCUCAACUUUGAAGAACAGAUCCUGGAGGCGGCCAAGUCAAUUGCAGCAGCAACCAGUGCCCUCGUGAAAGCUGCAUCUGCUGCUCAGAGAGAGCUUGUGGCUCAAGGCAAGGUUGGAGCUGUACCAGCAAAUGCAGUGGAUGAUGGCCAGUGGUCCCAAGGCCUCAUUUCAGCAGCUCGAAGGGUUGCUGCUGCUACAAGUGGUUUGUGUGAAGCGGCCAAUGCAGCAGUUCAGGGUCACGCCAGUGAGGAGAAGCUGAUCUCUUCAGCCAAACAGGUGGCAGCAUCCACAGCUCAGCUAUUAGUGGCCUGCAAAGUGAAAGCUGAUCAGGAUUCAGAAGCCAUGAGGAGACUCCAGACUGCAGGUAAUGCUGUGAAGAGAGCAUCUGACAACCUGGUGAAGGCUGCACAGAAGGCUGCAGCGUUCAAUGAGCAAGAAGAGGAGAAUGUUGUGGUCAAGAGUAAGAUGGUCGGUGGUAUUGCGCAGAUUAUUGCAGCCCAGGAAGAAAUGCUGCGAAAAGAGAGAGAACUUGAAGAUGCCCGCAAGAAACUAGCACAAAUUCGGCAGCAGCAAUAUAAAUUCCUUCCUUCAGAACUUUAUGACAAAGAGGAAAAUUAACUGCAAUCUACUAAAACAGCUAACAGCUAAUCUCGGCCAGGCAUCUACAGCUAAAGAUCUGAUCCAGAUAAAUGAACGUGUGGCCAGAUUCUUUUUAAAAUGUUCAUGCAAUAAGUUCCUUUGUAAUUUCGCAAUCUGUAUGCUAACAGUGCAAUAGGCGAUUCACUUGCUAUGUUUUUUCUGUAUCCUCAAAAUGAUCGUUCUGCACGUGUUCAAUCAUGUUUAACAUGUUAUAUCUGCUCUUGAGCACAGACUAGAACGAUUAGUAUAUACAUGUGCAUCAGCACUGGUAUGAAAAAUGCAAUGUUUGGUUGCAGUAUUGAUGCAAAUUUGCUGUAAAGCCUAUGUAUGAUAUCUUUUUUAAGUAUAUGGAGUCAGAAGGUAUAUUUGAUUAUUCCAAAGAUGUUGCAGAAGAGUCGUGUGUCCCAAUAGUGAAUGGUUUAAAGCUAAUGCAAACGGGGAGUUAAUAAGUGGGACAACCGGAACAGUAAGUCACAUUCAUGAAUUCUAAACUCCACAGUGACUAGGUGAUACAUAUCGUUAAAAUUCCAUAAUGGAAAAAUACUCCCUAUAAUAGUAAUAUUGCCUUAAAUUGGGUCGGAAAUACUGUGUUUUGGGGGAAGUUAAUGUUACUUUCUAUUUUUUAACCAGAUGUACAUGAAUAAGACAGUAUUUCGGCAGGGUGCCUUACAAUCAGACAGUACUUGUGUUAGUACUUGUUUAGGAUUGCUUUGUUUCCAGUAAAGAUUCGAAUAUCUUUCCAUUAAAAGAGUUCGAAGUUCAAACUUUUGUGCUCCAAAAAUUUAUUCUGUUUUGAAGAUAUUUGUAGGUGUUCCCUAUAACUGAUUUAAUACCAGACAAUAACAUUUAACAACUUAAAACCUUGAACUGCAAGCUCAAUGGGGCAUAUUUAGCAGUUUGACAAAAAAAGUGAAGAUGUUCCUUCAAUCUUUUAAUUGCUUUCAUUCAUCUCGCUUUGUGUUCUUGGUCUCCUCUUGCAUAAGCCUUCACAUUCUCUUGUUUUGGCACAUUACAUUCAAGUGCUUGUAUUUGUGUUGUUUUAAGUAAGUGAACUUCUUAAUUGCAAUGACAUAAGUAACUGUAUGCACUUAAUGGUGUGCAUCUUUCCAGUUAGAGACUGUGUUUUUGUAAUUAAGAUUACAUUCUGCAUUAAUGGGAAUUUUAGGCAGUUGUGCAUUAUGCUUCCACGGUUCCUGCAAGCACAUUUUAGGCCUCUCUAGGAUUCUUCAAAUACCAAGUCUAUUUCUAUUUUGCAGAAUUUGCCUUGUUCACAUUAUUCCUGCAAAUAUAACUUGUUACUUAUGCUCCAUUGCCUUUAAAUACACUUUAUUUUGAUACAACAUGCUUCUAAUAACAGUUGAUGAAUACCAACUUUCCAGUACUUAUGAUGGCUACUUAUGUUUUUAUUUUACAAUUUAUUUGGUUAAUAAAGUCAAGUUUCCACUA